AUGGUGGAUGAGGAGGAAGAGGUGGAGGAGGAAGGGGAUGUGGAUGUGGAGGAGGAGGUGGAGGGGAUGAGAGGUGGAGGAGGAGGAAGAGGUGGUGGGGGUGAAGGGGGAGGGGAAGAAGAGGGGGAGGUGAGGUGGGGAGGAUCAAGCGGUGGAGGUGGGAAGAGGAGGUGGAGGAGGAAUAGAAGAGGUGGAGAGGAACGGGAGAAGGAGAAGGUGGAUGAGGAGGUGGAGAAGGAGAAGUGGGGAGGAGGAGGCGGUGGAGGUGAAGGAGAGGUGGAGGAGGGGAAGGGGAAGCGAAGGAGGAGGAAACGGAAACGGAAGUCUGACGUUUAUAUCAAUUGUAGGCGAUGGUCUAGACAAAAUAUUCCUACUUGA